UUAGGAUACAAAGGUGUUUCCAGCGAAGGCCAGUUAGACAUGUUCUCUGCUUCUGUGCUGGAGGUCUUUCUCUGUUUAGUAAAACAAAUAGAUUUUUGAUUGAAUAUCUGCAACUGCUCUUCUCUUUUCUUCACUUGGAACUUUCUAUGACAUCACCCCUCCCUCCUUUCAGGCGAGCCUGGAUCUCAGUGAGAGAGGACGCAAAUCCUGUCUGUAUCCCCAGGCUGUGGCGCUCACACGCAGAGGGACGAUGAGAAUAAGCUGGGUUCGAGGGCUGGCUUCUUUGCUGGCCUUGGGCACUGGAAUACUCUACAUCACAUCCAUUAAGCGGGAGGUUCAUUCUCAUGGGGAAAGACUGCAGAGGGCCCAUCAGAAUGACUCGGUCAGGGGUCAGGACAUGCUCAAGAGGCUGGAGAAGAUGGAGGCUCACAUCGAGAAGCUGGUGAAGUCAGUCAACAACGGGAUCAGUCUGAAAGAGGGGCAGGCUGUGAAGGCUACCGAGGUCAAGAAGGAGAGGAAGGUGGUGAAGAAGUUGUACCCCAACUCAGCUCUGUUUACAACCUGGGGUGAUGAGCUCUCAGAGGAGGAGCAGAAAGAGGCAGAAGGGUUGUUUCAGAUGUAUGGAUACAACGCCUUCCUGAGUGACAGACUACCCCUGAACAGGAAAAUCCCUGAUACUCGCAAUCCUAAGUGUGCUAAUCACCAGUACCCCCAUGACCUGCCCACCAUCAGCGUGGUGUUGAUCUACUUGGACGAGGCCCUGUCAAUCAUCAAGAGAGCUGUCCGCAGCAUCAUAGACAAGACCCCCCAACACCUACUCAAAGACAUCAUACUGGUGGAUGACCACAGCUCCAAUGAGGACCUAAAGGAGAAGUUGGAUGUCUAUAUCAGCUUCAUCGAUGAAGAGCGUCCGGGCCUGUUGAAGAGAGUGAGACACCUGGAGCAGCUCGGUCUCACACAGGCCCGCCUCUCAGGGUGGAGGGAAGCUGAAGGAGACGUGGUGGCCAUCUUGGAUGCCCACAUAGAAGUCCACGUGGAAUGGGCGGAGCCUCUGUUAGCUCGGAUAAAGGAGGACCGCACGUUGGUGUUGACACCGGUGUUUGACAAAGUCCAUUUCGAUGACUUGACAGUCACACGUUAUUGGCCGAGUGCAAACGCCUUUGACUGGGCCCUGUGGUGUAUGUACGAGUCCUUCAGACCUGAGUGGUAUGCCUUACAAGACGAGACACAGCCAGGAAAGAGCCCCUCCAUUAUGGGCAUACUAGUGGUUGAUCGCCUGUUCUUUGGGGAAAUUGGUGCUCUGGAUGGUGGUAUGAAGAUCUAUGGAGGUGAAAAUGUUGAACUGGGCAUCCGGGUGUGGCUGUGUGGUGGAAGUGUUGAGGUCAUACCUUGUUCUAAAAUAGCCCACAUCGAAAGGGCCCAUAAACCCUAUCUCCCAGACCUGAGCAUUACAAUGAAGAGGAAUGCUCUGAGAGUGGCUGAGGUCUGGAUGGAUGAAUACAAACAUAAUGUCAACAUCGCCUGGAACCUCCCACUGAAGGAUCAUGGCAUAGACAUUGGGGAUGUUUCAGAGAGGAAGAAGUUGAGAAAGAGUCUGAACUGCAAACCCUUCCAGUGGUAUCUGGACAAUGUGUAUCCAAUGUUAGACCCCCUGGGUGACUUGCUUGGUUAUGGAGCUCUGGUCAAUGACCUGAAGACGGAUCUCUGUAUAGAUCAAGGCCCAGUUCCGGGGAACACACCUAUUUUAUAUGGAUGUCAUUAUUUUAGUCCACAGAACUGUUAUUAUCGAGCCAGCGGGGAGAUCUACAUUGGAGGCAUCAAGUCUCACAAGUACAACAGUAAUCGCUGUCUGAUGGACAUUGGCACUCAAACCCCAGGACUGUAUGAGUGCAAGGAGGCCAAGCAGAAGGGAUUCCACAUGCUCUGGGAAUUUCAACAGGGAAAAGCCAUCCAGAACAGACAGACAAAGAGAUGUCUGGAGAUUGCCCCAGGGGAGGACACUUUCUACCAGCUCAUCAUUCAGGAGUGCAGUGGGCAACACUGGAAAAUACGGAAUUUGAUAAAAGACUUCUGAUACACUGAGAUAGUUAGGCCGACUGUACCAGAGACAAUGCAGCGGGGCUGUAGGAGUUAUCCUGCGAUUAUAAGCAAGUGGGAAGUUGGUAUUUACCACAAACGAUUGGUAAAAAUCCAGGCCGACUGUACCAGAGACAAUACAGCAGGACUAUAGGAGUUGUGCCGCAAUCAUAAACGAGUGGGAAAGUGGGACUAACACAUACGAUUCGUAAAAUCCACUUGAACACCCAUCCAACUCGUCUAUCAUCCCUGAGAUUCAACAUCUCCCAGAUGCUGAGCUCUGACGUCACCUACUAAGGAAAUUACCUUUUUAACGGCAUUAUCAGCGUCCAUCCACUCAAAUGCAACAACAAAACAUUAUUUACACUAAGUUUUUGAACACUAUCAUUUUUGUACAAUCGUGAUAGCUGUACUUACAGUUUAUGGUUGACGCAGCCUGUUGGCCAUUAGCCAAUCUGAGUUUCUCAACAAGUUGAAAGCACGUGAAUGCAUUCCACUGAUAUUUACGACUUCACAACUGGUAAUUACCAUCUUCCCACUUCUUUAUGAACAUAGCAUUAUCAUUACGCUUUGAAAAGCCAAUCAGUGGUCAGCAGUGAGAUGACUGUGUGAUCUUAGUGAGCUGUUGGUUGGACAUAGCUUCAUGGGGACAGAUUUACAUUUUUUUCACAGAAUGUGGAAUUCUGUUGAGCUGUAUUGUCCUUGGUCCUGAAUGUAAUUGCAAAGAAAUAAUAAAUAUGAUUCCUGUAUUUACGCUCA